AUGGCAGAACCCAAGGUGCCGAAAGGCUCCCUACCCUCUGGGUACUCCUUCGUGCCCAAAGGCAACGUCUACAUCACAAGCAACUGCCGGAAAUUGACACAAGCAGGUGGCAGCCCCGUCUACAUUGUCAUCGACGCAAAGAACCACCAGAUCGGCCUUGGCAUUCCAACCGAAACCUACGUGGGCGUGCAGUUCAAGGAGAUGGAAACUCGCGCCGACAGGGCUGCCAAUGUCCUCAAACGAGAUGAAGGCAUCGCCAAGGGGUUCCAGAAGGAGAUCAUGAACAUUUUCCCUCAGAUUCCUUCCAAGGCGCUACAAAACGUGUUGAAGAUCGCGUUGGAGAAAGGCAAAGGAAAGGUCGGCAGGACGGGGAAGCUCGACAUCCAGCGCAAGGCGCACUUGGCUGUGUGGGCGCACAUCCGCCACUGCGAAACAGGUUACGACGCACUCCUCAGGAAUGGCAUCCCACGAGAAGACGCAAGAAAGCAAGUCGAGGAGAAGAUAAAAGAGGUUCGCAAGGCUUGGGGUGGCGAUUCACAGAUGAUGCGUGGGAAGCCCGGUAAAUCAUCAAGGUCUCUCGCUAGAGCGAACAUCAAAUCCACACAGGCAGCGGAGGGGGCAAGGAAAGACAGCCCCGGACAUCUCAAGAAAAGUGUAAAGACUGCCAGCUUGACGACAGCCAUUACAAGCGCCGCCAGCCCGAGGGCUUCCAAAAUGGCUGGGCAUCUCACAAACGAGCGGAACGCUGCCGUCAGAAAUGCGAGACGUGCACAUAGACGGAAGAAAAGCCUGGAUGAAUUGACAAAGGGCGGAACAAAGCCGGCGAAGCAGCAAGAAGCAGCAGCACCAAAGACCGCUAGCCCCAAAGUCGUCGCCACAGCAGCGAGCUUCCGAGAGAAGAGGACGCCGAAGCCGACGGUCAUCGAGCCAGCCGCGCCCAGUCCCCACAAGGGGAAAGCAAGACGGGUCGACCCGACCAUGCCAAACCUGGACCACGAGAGCCGAGCACAAAUAUCACGCCUGAUCACCCGGGUUGACCGAAUCGAGCGCGCCCAUAGAACCGGCCGCAGAAGGCAGCGCCAGCGACACGUGACAACCCUGUGCACGAUGGCGAGCUUGAACAAUCAGAUCAACAGGAUUCUGGCCGAUGCGUCCAUCCAGGCUAUCGAACCAUCCACAGCAGCCAGGAAGGAUCUUUCCAGGCGACUGCGGCGCAAGGUGCGGGCAUCGGAGGGCUCCAGCUAG